AGCGUUACUGCUACUACGCCACACUAUUGGCUGAUGUCUUGCGGUUUUGGUUGGAAACCGUUGCCAUAGAAACGAGAAGGACGCUGUCGAGUGUUCUUGUCAAUGCUGCACCUUAGCAGGUGGAACGAAGACAUGGACGAAACCCUAAGGGCAUCGCUGAAGUCAAAAGCUUUCAAAAGAAAUAUGAAAACCACAGAUUCUAUAAACAUGGAACUGUUUCCAUUCAUUGAAGCAGAAUAUAUAAAGAACCUUCAGAAACAAGUCUAUCUUCUGGAUCUAGAGACAUCUUUUCUAAGAGAUCAGGCUAAAAAAGCAACCAGCAUUCAACCAAAACUGACUUCUGAGGCUGAAAAUAUGAUAACACAAAUGAAAGAACUGCAGUCUCAGAUAAACAACAUGGAGGUGGAGCUAAGUAUCAAAGAGACAAGAAUAAAUUCUGUGAAAAGAGAGAAGGAGUCACUUCACAAUAACCUUCAAACCUUUUCAGCGGCAAACCUUCGGGAAAAGAUGGUCUUAUUGGAAGAUGUCACCCAGCUAAAGAAGCUUGCUGAGGUUUACACACAAGAUAUUGCACAUAAGGAGGAGGACUUACAGAAAAUUCAACUUGACCUGCAAAAGACUAGCAUCAGUGUAAAGGAGAAAGAAAGAGAUGUCCUUCACCUGCAGGCCACGCUUCAGGAACAAGUCAAACAACAUGAAAAUGUCGAGGAAAAACUUGCAGAGAAGAGAACAGAAUGCCUUAGGAUGCAGUCUCUUCUACACCAGCUGGAAGAAAAAUAUCUCACCACUGCACAGUCUGUACAAAACAGAAUUGGUUCAGAGUUGUGCAAAGAAGCAGAAAAACUAAGAUACCAACUGAAGGAAAAACAGAUGUCUGCAGAUGAAGAUAAAUAUUUACGAACCAAAAUGGCAGAAGACUGUAGUCGCUUAACCAAAGAAAAUGGCCACUUACAUUCUCAAGUUGUGGAAGCUACCAAGCAGCUUGAAAAGGAGCGUCAGCUGAGAGAUGAACAAAAUCUGAAUCGCACAAAAAGGAUUUCUGAACUCACAUCAGGGAAAGAAAAAGAGAGACAGCUUGAGCUGACCCUUUCUCAUUGGAAGAGGCUUGUACAAGAGGAAAGGGAAAGAGUAUUCUCUGCCCGAGAGCAGAUGCUGAGAGAACAAAAAGGAAGGAAGUCUGUGGAACUGAGUGGCAGUUCCCUAAAGAGCCAACUGGCUGACUUAGAGAAGAGGCGCUCCAGUCUUCAGCUAGAGAACUCGCAGCUGCGUGUGGACAAGACUCAUUUGGUUGAACAUAUAUCUCAGCUGCAUAAGCAGAUUGCUGACAGAGAUAACGAAAUCCGUCGCAUGCAAGGUCAUGUGGACAGCUUGUGCUACGAUAUGAAUAGCCUGCAGCUUCGGAGGGAUGUGAAGGAGUCUUCGCAGAAAGAAGCCUGGAAGCAGCUUUCUAACAUCACUCAGAGUGUCCACCAGCUUGCAGAAGAGAUGAGCUUCAAGUAACCUCUGUCUUCUACGAGUUGCACAAAGUCUGUUAUAUAUAAGAUUAUUUGGGAGAUAUUGAGUCAUGUUGCCAUAUGCAGGAAAUAGUGUGUGUGUGUUGGGGGUGAGGGGGUCAGCUAGUUUAUUACUAGGUAUGAUAGCCCCAGUUACAUAAAUCCACAGUCAGCUUUUCACUUUGGUGUGCUUAAGGUCAGAGACACACGUUCAGAUUCAGGGAGAUUAGUCGCCCGGCGACAAAUCUCCUCUUUGGGGCGACUUAUCUCCGCCAAAUUGCCUCCCGCCGGCUAGAAUGUAAAUU